GAUAGAAGUGGGUGAUACUUAUUGGCAAAGAUGCUGUGGUAAACAUUGAUUAUAUUAAAAAUUGGUACUUAAUACCCUUAACUAAUAUUGAAGGCUUUGGAAAACACUCCCAAAACUGAGAAACAAAUGUAUUCCUUAUUAUUUUGAUGGGGACAUGCUACUCCCGAAAAGUAAGCACCGAAAGUCACUAUUAUCCUAGUCUGCCAAUGGAAUCUGUAAAAAGUGGAAUCCCCCCAAGGUCUAUAAGACCUUCUCCUUAUAGCCGAAAUGUUACUGAAUCAUUUGGAUUUGGUCCAAACAAGCGACCCCUUUCAGGAAGUAAGCUUCCCCAGUCAACAAAAUCAAAUAGUGCUUUAGAAAGGAGUGAUGGAAGCAUUGAAAAUCUUCCUAUUUCAUCUAAUACCUCAAAAAGUAGACCCUCUAAACUCCAAGCUCUUGGAUCUAGUUCAGUUAGGUGUGUAGGGCGAAAUAAGAUAUCUCCAACAUCAGCUUCUACUGGAAUCCCACAGCGUUUCAAAGAAUGUAACAAAUCUCUAUCCCCAACAAAUGCUAAUGUUUUAGAGCCAAAUUUAGAUGCUAUUAAUUCUAAUUUACUUAAAUGUGAUAUGAAACAGUCAAUUAUCACAAAUGAUAAUCUGGAAAGUACAUUUACUUAUAAUUCUAAAUUUGAUAACAUCCAAAGUAAAGAUAAAGAACAGGUAUCAGAAAAAUCUGAACAAUUAACAAUCAAACCAAUUUCAGAUAAAAUAUGUAGUAACUCUAAUACCCAGAACAAUUAUUAUAAAGUAGAAGAUAACUUGAAUACCAGUAUUGAUAAGGAAGUUGAAAUGAAAAACUUAAUUAAAAAGUCUGGACUACCCACACGUAUAUCCCAUAAGCCUUCCAAGUUAACAUCUUUUAUCAGUGGUUUAAGAAAACCUCAAGAUCAACAGGAUAAAGAGAAAUUACAUGUCCCUUUAGAGAAAUCACAGAUUGAAAUACCAAACCAUUCUAUUGCCAAAAAAGAAAAGCAUAAUGAUGGUUUGUGUGUUGUAACUGAUUCAGAUGAAAGGUUAUACCGAGUUGGUGAUUAUAAAAUAGAGAGAAACCAAAGAUUUUCUUCCUUAUCAAAUAGUCAGCUUGUAGAUAGAGAUUCUGGAGUUGGAAGUGCUUUUAGUGAAUGUGGAAGACUAGAAGAUUCUGAUACUCUAAAAGAUGCUGAACGCUUUAGUUCCUUUGAAGGCUCUCCAGUUUCCAGAAAAAGCAGAGAACCAUCGGUAUCUUCAGACAAAAUAAAACUUCAAGACUCGAGUGAAGACAUACAAAAUGGUUACAGUGUUCCUUCUCGUAUUCCCAGCAGUGCCAGACAGAAUAAAAGUCAAGGAAAUACCUUAAAUUUCAAGUAUGAAAGAAAAGAAGAACAAUUACAGCAAUUAAAUUUAACAAACAAAAAUGAUUUUUCUCAAACUUAUGGAUCAGUUCGAGGUAUCUUAACUUAUCGUAAAAUACCACCUAUGAAAUACAGUGACGAAACAUCUAAGGCAGCCUGGAAGAAAGCCUAUGACACUAAAAUUCAGAAUACUAAAAGACUACAAAUAUCCAGUGGGUAUUCAAACAUUCCAAAGACUAAAUAUACCAUUCCUAAGUUGGAUAAAGGGAUUUCAAAAAGGAUUCAGGUCAAAGAUUUUACAGUUACAUCAGAAGGUAAAGAUUCUGAUGACACACAACUUGCACAAGUUUCCAGGAUCACAAAAUGCUCAAGCCCAUUUCAGGCUUCUGCAACUGAAGAUGAUCACAUAAAUACAGGUAGCCAAGUGUCACAAGAUACCACUGACAGCACUUUUGAAGAUCAGGGUUGUUUCAGUCCUACCUGUGAUUCAGAUAAUAGAGAUUUCCUUAUUGAUGAUGAAAUAGAAGACCAGCCAGGGCUAAUGGCCUUUGAAAAUGAGAAGGAUUUUUCAGGUGGACUGACAUCUUUACAGCAAUCAGUUACAGAACUGACCGAGCUCCAGGCAGCUAAUCAGAGCAGAUGUAGGGACAGCAGCACAUUUUACUUUGGAGAUAGUCUGAAGUCCUGUUCAGAUAUAGGUUCUUCAUGUUCUAGUCUAGCUUCUGAUGAUCUGAUACUUGUUGAGGAAGGAGAUGAAAAGCUUGUUAGCGAAUCAACAGUUGUACGGAGACACCAUAAAAGAAACGUACAAAGUAUUGAAGUUGACUCUAGUCCAAUAAAUGAGUCAUCACUGAAACAACAGCUUGGAUGGAGGUUGCGAUCCAUAAGUCAACCACCCCCUGUUUCUUCUCAUUUGCCCUCUAGUGAAAGUGAUGAAGGAAGUAUUAAACUGGAGGCACCAACAUACAAACUAAUUUGUCAAGAUGUAAACAGCCUAAAAACUAACUUGUUGCAUUUGAAAAACAUGCUUCAUGAGGCAGAAACAUUGAAUCCAUUUGAAGUAUCAACUUCAGAGAAUGUAUUCUAUCUUAAUCUAGUCAACAAUGAUCUCCCAUCAGAAUAUUUAUUGAGAAAUGAAGAUGAUAAACAUUCUCCUGAGGCUCAGUGCUCGUGGGAUAUUAACAGUGUUAGUCAGGAAAAUGUUGAUCUGCGUAGAUUGGUGAUUCUCCUUCAAGAACAACUAGAGGAACGAGAUUAUUUGAUUCGAUCACUUCAACAACAAUUGAGUGAAUGCACAUUUUCAAAAAGCAAAUCAGAAAAUCAGUUGCAAGGAAACACAUGUAAUGCAGCAACUCAGACUGAAAGAGUGCGGUCCUGGAUGAGCAAUCAGAAUGAAACGGGAACUUGCGAAGAUGCGGCUCAUCCCAGCAGUCUAGUGAGUUUUAGAAAGAAGCUUUCUCCUCAUGAUGUAAGAAGAUCUCGGGACGAUCAAAACCGUAAGGAGAAAAAGAAGUCUACUGGAGCAGAUAAAUCUCGUUCAGCAAAACCUAUAUUACCAAGCUCUUAGCAUUACUAAAUGUUAGCUUCAAAAAUUUAUUGUUGUAGUAUUCUGCCUGGUGCAUAUUUCAUAAUAUAAUCUGUUCCAGAAAACUCUUGCUUUUACUUGUAAGAAAAGAUGUAAAAACGUUAAGUAGAAUUGUAUGUAAUUUUGAAUCAACUGUUACACUACACUGCAUCCAAGUACAAGUAAAAUUCUAAAGACAUGCACAGUAAAAUUCUAAGUUAUAAGUUAUUGGUUACUUUAUGUCAUUUAAUGAUAUAAAUUUAUGAGAUGAUUUUUAUCUUAAUUUUCAUGAGCAACAUGUAUUAAAAUGUCUAGAUGAAUAUGUAUUUACAUGUAUGAUAUAAAUCUAUUCUGUAUAAGCUUCGUAAUAGGGAGGGUGUAUUUAAGCUGUUGAGAAUGUGCAAAAUCUAGCAAUCAUAAACCUUUGAAAAUAGGAUUUGAAAAAAAUAGAAGUUUCUAAAAAUAACCUAUAUGCUGAACAUCAAACACUUCACAAAUAUUGUUUUUAGUUUGUGUUUAAAAUACAAACAUGAGAUAUUGACAGAUUAAACUUUGAAAUCUUUUUAGGUUUAUGUAACCCUUAUUUUAGGCUUACUGGUAAGGAGUUUAAUCAUAUUUUUAGAUGUAUUUUUGUUACUACACAGAAAGAAGUCAGGAUAACAGAAACAUGAUACGUCUUAUUAGAAAUAUUAAAGAAAGUAACUCAUGAAAGGUUUGAGCUUCUUGUAUGAAUCUAUACAAUGAUACAAGUUUUGUUUUAUACUCCUUCCUGUGCCGAAUUUCUAAUGCUAAAGAAAAUAAUGAGAAGAUACUAAACAAUAAGCAACUAUAAAAUAUUUAAAUAAAUAGAUAAAUAUAAAAGUACCAACAAAACAUUGCUCUUUUGUUAAGCCUAAUAAGGGUAAAAUUUAGACUUGUACAAGUUAACUUCACUUUAGUUAUGAAGAAUGAAGACCAAGUAGUUUACAAUUACAAAAAUUAGAUAUCAGAACUUGAUUUUAAAGUAGUGUUGUUAACAUAGCAUGAGAGAAAAUUCUUAAGGUAGUGACUGUUUCAGCAACCACCUACAGUCACAAGUAAUUGCUUCACACUUUUCCUGCAUUCAUUUUUAUGCUCUUCACAUACUUCAUUCUUUUUAAGAAACAAGUCUAAAAAUGUACACAAGUGCUGAAAACUUCUUCUUUUUUUACGUCAUAACAUUAUGAAAUAACAUAACUUGUAACUUACCAGCAUAGAAAAAGAUAUUAGACUUGAAGAAUUGUUCAAAUUGACUAGAAUAAACCUGAAUAAAUUUUAGAAAGUUUGUGCAAUGUAGUCCUAGUAUGAAUAUUAAAAAAAAUUGCAUAUUAGAGAGAGAAACCCUUUUUACUUGUGUAAAUGACACAGAGGUGACUUUAAUUUAUUGUAUAUUUAAAUUAAUUCUUGUGUAACUUGUAGUGAGCUAUAAGUUGUGUAUCGUCAUAAUGUUUAUGUAUUAAUCAUCGCAUUAUUCUUAUUUUCAUACACAUGCUUUGUUAACAUAAGAUAAUAGUAAGUAAAGUAAGUCAUAAAAUGUUAGCUCAGGUUUAUAGAACGUGUAUGUUCGUUAAGAAAAAAAGUGUGUUUUAACCUUUGAUUUCUGAUCUCAGGGACUUUCCUUAGCUAUAACUUAUUCAUUACAAAAAAAAUUGCUUUUUAUAGUUACAGUAAACACCAACAUAGAUUAUUGCAUAAUAAGUACUGACCAAUUACAGUUGAGAAUUGGUGCGAGAAUUGAGGGUUCAGUUAUUCAGUACUUUCUAAUAGUAUCACUAGAUAACACUGGACUAUCAUUAUUCUUUCAUCUGAUGUAUGUUAAUGAUGUCAGCAAUGUAAAUAGAGAUUCCUGUCCUGAAAACCUGAGUUACAUUUCAUAAUGAUAUGUUAGUUCUGAAUUCAGCAAUACAAUUGAUAAAUGUAAGUUAUAUCUUUAAGAUUAUCGAAGUGUGGUCACAGUUUAUAGGAUUAAAAGUUUUUAUUGCAUGAUUAUCUUAUACUAAAACCUAUUAAAAUAGAAAAUCCAGGAUUGUCACAAGACAAAUUUUAAAUGUGAUAUAUGAUGAAUAAGGGUUGCCCAUCUCGUACGCUGGAAGUCUCUUGGGUUUUAAAAUUAAAAUCACACCAAAGAAAGCAUAAUACAAAUACUUUAUGCUGUUUAAUGUAGUCUGAAUGAUAAUCCUCCAUUCUGUAGCAAGCUGGCCUGCUGAAUAUUUUCUUGUGCAGCUAAUGUACAUAGCAUUAGUAAUCUGUGUUUGUUGGGUCUUGCAGCAAAUGUGAGGGAAGACUAAGGUGAUAGUUGAACUAAAAGAUCUCGUACAUAGUUAUAAGUGUUUCUAACAUAUUAAUAUAAAAUGCCUGUUAAAGGUAAGGAGAAUCAAUUGCAUUACGGCCUACACAAAGUAUUUUCUUGGUUAUAGCAAAUAACCUGAAACAUUUUAAAAAUUACAAAAAUAAUAAAAUCAAACAUUAGAGCAACUAUUAGAAUAUUAAAACUAAUAAACUUGCUACCAGGUAUAAACUGUGGUAGAACUGAUUCAUAUGAAACUGUCUAAUUAAAGGAUAACUGAAGACCUUCGUUAUUUCUGUGAGCCAUCAUUCCAGCUGUAGGUAGUGAUAUUGUAUGAUAUUUCUGUGAGUUUGUAUUCGAGUAAUCAUUUUCCUUAGUAAACUAUUUGUAAAGAAUUGUUUGUAUGUGCAUAAAAAUUCUUUAUGAUCUGGCGAACACUUGUUUAUAAUGGUAUUGCUUUGCACAAAUUAUACAUAAAGCAUAAGUGUACUAUACAUAUUUUACAAAUCUAUAAGAAGUGCAUAGAUAAAGGGUAAAUAUGUAUAUAUAUAUAUGUGUGUUAGAGGUUUUUCUGAAAAACAAAGUGAAAAUUGAGAACAGGUCACAGUUUUAAUUUCUUCAGGAAAACUUCUAAAUAAAUAGGCUAACGUGUGUGCUGUCAAUUUCAAUAUAGUAUACUAUAUAUGUAUAUAUUUUGUGCUUUCUUUGCAAUUGUAUGAAGUUUUCAGCUGUGAGUAAGUGUCAUUACAUGUCAAAUGUGUUUUUUGUGUUGUCGUAAAGAAUGUUUCGUGUUGGAGUACACAAGUGUUAAUGUACUUAAGUGAACAAUUAACUAAACUUGCAGUUUGCGAAAUAAGUAUGUUAAUUGUCACCUCUCACUGAAAUAAGCAUAUAAUAUUUUCAUGUAAUCUUACAUUAGCCCUCAAGGGAUUUUGGUGUUAAGAUUGUAAUGAAUGUGUGACAGACAAGGUUCUGUUAAACAAAUAUGUAUAUAUAUGUUAGAAGUUUUUCUGAAAAAAAGAAGUGAAAAUUGAGAACAGGUCACAGUUUUAAUUUCUUCAGGAAAACUUCUAAAUAAAUAGGCUAACGUGUGUGCUGUCAAUUUCAAUAUAGUAUACUAUAUAUGUAUAUAUUUUGUGCUUUCUUUGCAAUUGUAUGAAGUUUUCAGCUGUGAGUAAGUGUCAUUACAUGCCAAAUGUGUUUUUUGUGUUAUCGUAAAGAAUGUUUCGUGUUGGAGUACACAAGUGUUAAUGUACUUAAGUGAACAAUUAACUAAACUUGCAGUUUGCGAAAUAAGUAUGUUAAUUGUCACCUCUCACUGAAAUAAGCAUAUAAUAUUUUCAUGUAAUCUUACAUUAGCCCUCAAGGGAUUUUGGUGUUAAGAUUGUAAUGAAUGUGUGUGAGAGACUAGGUUCUGUUAUCCUUCAUGUCUUGUGCGUUUUUGUUUUAUAUUACUCGGUAUUUUACAGAAGUACUAUAAUUGAUCUAUUAGAUUAGAAAAACAGUUAUUCUUGUCUAGUUAUUUAUAUGGUGAUGUAUUAGUAGUUGUUCUUUACUGAAAGAAUGCUGUAAACUAAUUAAAUAACUUGCUUGUAAAGUCUCACCAAGUAAAGCAUGUUCAUUGUACUUUAUCAUGCUUAAAAUCAGUUUAGCGUCGUUCUCAGUAGAUUCAAGUUUUGGAUAUGUUUCAGAUGUUUCUAAUAAGUAGAAUGUAUAUCGAACGUAAUUUGUCAUGUGUUAAAUGCUUGUAAGUAAUGAAGUUAAAGUUUUUUGAAUUCUUAAAUGAAAAGUGGCAUCUUUAUUACAACGUGUAAACUGUACGCGGCUGAUGUACACCCUACUGUGUCAACUAGCUUAUAAAUUGUUUUAAGGUGAACAUAUAUGGGUGUGAGGUUUUAAUUAAUAUGUUAUUAGUCAUAAAAUUUGAAAUUAUCUAGCACGUUUCAUUGCAAGGACCGUUAAGUUACUAACUUUUGUGUCGACAAAUAACCAAUCAGGGAAGGUAUUGACAGAUAACAAUUCAUAAUUUCUGAGUCUCAAUAAGAAUCAGUAUUAGAAAAGUAGCGCUUAAUAAUACUCUUAGAGCUACUAACUUGCUUGAGAUAAUUCAUAAGAUCGCCAGAGCAAGAUAUUUGUCACAAAAUAGUACUUAAAACUCGGAGUGAUAUAGACAUACACGUGAUAACAUAACCCAGUGGCUCAUCCACUGUAUCUGACUUCUGUAAAAAAUAUAAAAUGUGCGUAAUAGAUUCUUAUUGGCCUUUGACGUGAAUUAUAAAUUCUUUUUGCCCUGUGCCUUUUGUAAUCAACAGUAUCGUGAACUAGAUGAAGGUACUAAUUAAAAUGUUAGUGAUUAAACUCAUGCUUUACUGCAGAUAUUUAUCUUGUACUAAUUAACAAAAAUGUGAAGAAUUACGACCUACAACCAAAUGUAAACUUAUCCACUGCUGUUAGGCUUAGAAAAGACUCAUUGUUUCACCAAUUUGGCGUUCUUCACCACUGCGUUAUAUGUUUUUAAAAUUUAUUAAUAAUUUUGCGCUUUCAAACAUUAAACGUUAUUGUUAAUAAUUAACACGCCAGGUGUUUUUUGCGCAGAACUGGCAAAAAUGAGACAUAUCUGAAGACCCUAAAUGUCCAUUAAUGUUUUUGAACUUGUGUGGCAUAUAAUGCAGUAUGCAUUAAGCUGUGUACCAACACAAACGGUAUUCAGCAAAAAUAAAGAAAGAAAGAAAGAAAGAAGAAGCUGGACUAGAGAAUAUACUGUAUCUUUUUGUAUCUUAUCUAUGAUGUAGUACUGUGGAAGCUUAAAGGAGUAACAGGAGAAUGAAAGUUUAUGAAAUAAAUAGAAAUUUUGCGCAGGAAGGGUAUGAACUAACAAUCCAAAAGUUACCAGUAGUAACAAACUUUUCUCUAUGAAUAAAAAAACAACAACAAAGAAAUGAGCGUUAUGUAAACAAUUAUACGCGUGGAGAAGUUAUUCAAAAACUACACUUGAAAUAACAAAUUAGAAUCCCUAAAAAAAUAAAACUAAAGAAAAAAUGAUAGAUCCCAGAAAAAUUAAGACUUAGACGUGACAGGUCAGAUCCCUCAAGAGAAUAAAAUAACGAAAAAAAAAUGAAAGAUCAUAUCCCCCACCCUACCCCAAACAAAAAACAAAAUGGCAGACCAGAUUCCGAAAGAACAUAAACUGGUGAAUCCAGUGUCAUGAUGCGUGAUUUUAUUUUUGACGACUCAACAUUCUUAGAUGAGCGUGAAGUUUCUGAAAUUCUGUUUGCGUGAGUGUUUUUAGUUCUUGUUGCUAAGACGAUAUGAAAGAAAUAUUUGCCUUUUAUUUAGGUACCUUGUCAUUUACUUGUACAGUAUUAUUAUUGAGUUUUAAUGAUUUUUUUUUCUUAUUUCACGUUCUUAUUGAGUGAUAAUUAUCGUGCUUGAUGUUUAUCAGUAUUUACUACUUCUGUAAAUAUUAUUAAUUUGUGAAAUUUUAUUUAAGGCUGAAAUAAGCAAUUGUUACGUCUGAUGCGCAUGGUUUAGGUGAAAACUAAUAUAAAUGAGUUUAAUAACUUAGUUUUUCUAUUAAUAUUUACUUAGUUUGAUACGUAUGUAUCGUAAACCAAGUAAAUAAAAACUUCCCUAAAUUGUAAAAAAAAUAAAUAAAAAGUCUGUAUGUGAAAAUUAGAAGGUAAUUCAUUAGAUAAUGAAAUAUUAAGAGCUACAUAAGCUUCAGUACAAAAUUUUGUAAAGUUCAACCAUCGCCUUUGUCUCAGUUUAGUCAUUUAUUUUUUGCGUUAUAUUUUCAGUUAUUUUAAAAAUACUGAAUAUCUCAAACACCUUCUUUUGGUCAGAAUAAGACCGUAGUUUUAUUAUGUAUUAUAUUGUACGACAAAUCAACUUUAUAUAUAUAUAUAUAUAUAUAUAUAACGAAAAUGUAAACAAGUUUCCAGAAAACGGUUAAUAGUUGAGAUCUCUGAAUGAACAUGUUCGUAUUGUUACACAAACUGGGUUUCAAAUGACUUGUUGUCUUCUUGCAUUAUUUUAGAACAGCAACAAAAGGGUUGUCAUCUGUUGUGUUGUAUUAGAAACGAUGCUAUGAUGUUAAGUCUGGAAUUUAUGCACAUUUUCAAAUUUAAAUAAAAAAUCUCUUUUCAUUACAGUAACCUAAAAUAAUCUAGAAUGAAAGUCACGUGCUACAGAAAGUCCCCCCUUUUUUAGUUUCUGCUGAAAUUUAUAUUCUUUUUUUUUUUUUUGCAUAACACAAUCCGUUUUUCCUUUCCCUAACAAUAUGUGUUUUUUUCCCGUGAUUUAUCUGUAUUUUUCUUUUUGUAAAUGUUUAUACUUGUUUUACAUUCUUUCUUAUUUCACUGUAAUUCUUCCCUUGCCUGCCUUGCGCGUAAGAUUUUCUUGUUCUGUACGCAGGAAUGUUUCUUAUUAAUAAUAUUCUUCCCACCAGUAGGAAAUGAAAUUCUUUUGUUAGAGAUGUAAACAUUGUGUCAUUAGAGUUUUGGUAUGCCACUUCUAUAGCGGAUAUUACCUUACUUUCGGGUUGCUAAUUAAGAUCUAUUAAGAAAUAUGUUUCUUGUGACUUUUCAGAGCAGGAAUUGAUUGAAAUUAAGUGUUUGCUAUCUCCUCUUUGUCAUUUAGAAGUAAGGUUUUCCGCUUAACAAAACCACUUAAAAGUGUAGUCGACCGCAGCUAAAAAUAAAAGAGUUGGUACUGCAUCCAAA